AUGCUUCCUGUCAGUUUGAGGUCGGAUGAGCCGUUCAGGUUAGUCGUCAGCAAACGCCUCGGUAGAUUGGACAGCAAAGAACAGUAUGCCUUUCUGUACAGAGAGAAGUAUGUUAAUAAACUGGACGACUACCAGUACGAAGAUCCUUUAGAUAAAUUCGAGCGGCCUCCAUAUGCGGUCAAAUUUCACUCCGACGUUUUAGAAACUAUGCAUGAAUUUGGAAUAAUUGGUCUACAUACGAGUCCCGAUGAUGCCUUCAAAGAAAUCGAUGCUCUGGAUGCCGUGUAUGCUAAAGUGGAACGGAAGUUCAAAACGCCUCACAUCUUAAUCGCUGGAGACCUGAAUGCAGAUUGCUCCUAUUUAAGCCGAACCAAAAUGAAAGAACUCUCCAUUCGCAAUGACACUACAUAUAAAUGGCUGAUAGAUGAUUAUCAAGAUACAACAGUUAGCGGCACCAACUGUGCUUAUGAUCGAGUUGUUGUCCAUGGGCUCCUUGUGUUCGAAAAAGUUGUUGUCCUCAGUUGA